AUGCGUUCAGUCCUCGCCCUCGCCGUCAUGGCCCUCGCCGCCAUCGCCCCUGUCACUGCCUCGACCGAGCGCAUGGCCCAGAUCACCAAGCGUGCCAGUGGUCCCACCGAUGUGGAGAUCCUCAACUAUGGUUAGUCUACGUCCCUUCUCGGGUCCUUUGUCCUGGGUCGUACGUUUGUACGUUUCGGGGUCGCCAUCUCCGCCAAGUUCCCGACUCGAGCGCGGGCCCCUAGCUGGGCGCCUCGUGACCCCAGUUUGUGCUCGCUGUGGGCCCGAGUGUUCAACGAGGGUCGACACGCCGACGCCCGCCGCGCAUCGCGCGACAAAGACAUCUUCAUCACUCUGGAAUUUGUCCAAUUCCCACAGGAAGGUUAGCUAACCUGUAUUCGACUUCAUCUUCCUCUUGCAUCACCUCGUAGCUCUCACUUUGGAGGUAAGGUCUCUACGCGUGGCCACCGCCCUCCCUCGCUGCUGCGCAGUCAAUUGACCAUCCCUCUCUCGUCUUCCUCCGUCCCCUCUCGAUGUCCCUUAUUUUCUCUGCUCUUCCUCUUCCCAUUACAACAGCACCUUGAGAAGAACUUCUACUUCCAGGGUCUCGAUAAGUUCCGCCCCGAUGACUUCAAGAAGGCCGGCUUCGGCCCCGAGGUCUUCAAAAACAUCCAGAAGAUUGCCAUCCAAGAGAAGGACCACGUCGAGUUCCUCGCUGGCGCCCUUGGCAGUGCCGGUGUGUCGCAGUGCAAGUACGACUUCAAAGUCGCCUUCACAAACGUCUACACGUUCGUCUCCACCGCGCGCAUCCUCGAGUCUGUCGGCACGGCGGCCUACCUCGGUGCCGCUCCCGAUAUUUCGUCCAAGGCUUACCUCGCCGCCGCCGGCUCGAUCCUCACCAUCGAGGCCCGCCACACCGCGAUCUUGAACACUUUCUCCGGCGACUCGGGCUUCCCUGUUGCCUUCGAGACCUCGCUCGACUACGCCCAGGUCUACUCGUGAGUUGCCGCACCUCUUUCACGCGCUGCUGUAGACCGCCCAUCCUAUCCAUGCUGACCAAGCGCUUCUUCCGCCACUCGCUCGACAGGCUCGCUGCUGGCUUCAUCAAGCCCAACACCUGCGGCAAGAACGGUGCUCUCCCUUCGUCGAUCCAGAGGUUCCCCAGCCUCUCCAUCGAGAACACCCCCCGCGCUGGCCACACCACCGAGGUUCAGUUUAACUACAGGGGCGACAAGGAGACCGGCUUCUACGCUGCCUUCCUCAACGGUGGUGCCACCAUCAUCAAGCCCGUCAAGCACGGCAAGGAUGGCAAGGACCGCGUCGAUAUCCCCAAGGGCCUCGAGGGCAUUACCUACAUCGUCAUCACGACCUCGUCCAAGACUCUCUCGGACUCCAACACGGUCGCUGGCCCCGCCAUCGCCAUCCUUUAA